UGGAUGCGCCAUUUUGCUGCGUCCACAGUCAUCCGGCAAGAUGGUCCCUUUGCUUUGUCUCUCUUGGCCGGAGUUUUUUCGGUUUUAAGCCCAAAAUCUUGCUCCGCAACACAGAAAAUUUCCAUUUCUGUUAGAACUAGGCCGGGUAUAGUUAGAACAAAACUCAUCUUUGUCCGUCAGGAAAUGACGACGGUGGGAAGCAGGUAAAAUGAGUUUAGAGUCCACUGAAUCACUCCAAGAGCAAAUGGCUGGGAAAGAGGAAGAGCCUGGAAGCUCGGCGGACAGUACAAAGCCUUCCUCUUCACGCAACAAGAGGAAGCCCACCACCGUAGUGAAGCACACUGGAGAGAAUGAAUCUGACCCCUCAGUUGACAGUUACAAUGAAGGUGCCACUUCUGACAAUCCAUCUGAAGGUAACACCAGCAGCAGAUCUAAAGGUACUCUGGUCAUGAGGCCCAGUGGAAAUGAAAAUAAAGGUGCCAUGAAGCUUCGAGUGGAUUUCAAACAAAAACUUCCAGACGACACCCUCCAAAAGAAGGUCAGCUGCACUGCCUGUGGAAAGCAGGUAAACCAGUUCCAGCGCAACUCUGUGUGUGAGCAUCCUGCGCUUAAAGUCUUAAUUUGCAAGUCAUGCUACAACUACUACACAAGUGAUGACAUCAGCAAAGAUUCUGAUGGGAUGGAUGAGCAAUGCAGGUGGUGUGCUGAAGGUGGAAAGCUCAUAUGUUGUGACUACUGCAACAACGCUUUCUGCAAGAAGUGCAUUCUGCGUAACCUGGGCAGGAAGGAGCUGUCAAACAUCACCGACGAGAACUCAAAGUGGCACUGCUACGUAUGUCGGUCAGAACCGCUCCACGAUUUAGUCUUCAAGUGUUGGCGAAUUAUGGAAAAACUAGAGCACGAUCAACUUAAACAACAAAAGACCGAAAAAGGGGAGGAGCGAGACAGCAAGAAAAGAAAGAGCAGAACGACCAAAGAGCACAAAGCUCUCGCCAACGGAAAGGAACACGUUGAAGGCUCUGGUGUCAUGACUUUCUCAUACAAAAAAAUAGAGAUACCCAAAGAACUUAUAAAGAAAACAAAAAAACUAGUGGAAACUACCACUGGUUUGAAUAAUACAUUCAUCCAGUUUAUCCAGCAGGCAGCUGAAGAUCAAGGAGACAAGUCUAUCAGGUAUCGGCAUUUGAAAGCCUUCAAGGCUGUGCUCUCUGAUUUGAGAAAAGCCCAUAAUGCGCUGGAAGCAGCUUUGGAGCCUGAAUUCAAAAGCAUGGAGUUACAGAACGGUAAUGAUGUGCAACACGUGAAAAAAAGUAGUUACACUGCAGAACCAACAGGAAUCGAUCGAAUGGAUGCAGACGCUAAUGCGGAUUCAGGGGAUGAGAUGGACGCAGCUCCAGAAUCAGACAUGGAGCCACACAGUGAAGCUGAUGCGGUUCGUGAAACGGUUGAAGAUGCGAACGAGGAGCCGGCGGAUGAAACGGGUUCAGCUUGCGAUGCUGGAGUGAGUCUAAAAGCAGAGGAAAAUCGGGAUUGGGAUGCAGUUCUUCAGCCAGAGAUUUGUGAUGACGAGGAAAAGGAGAAGGAGGAAGAAGCGGGCUCUGUUAAGGACUCUGUGGUCGCUCAAGAAGUUAAGGAGCAAACCAAGGACCCUAUGAGCCAGGCAGAAGACUAUAAAGAAGAGUCAAGUAAGGCUGAGAUGAAAGACCACCAAACAGAAACAGAUAUACAUGAAAAAAUGAUAAAAACAGAAGCUUGCGAGGAACCUGUGUCGACUGGUGAGACGUCCUUAGAUCAAGACAUUAUGUCUGUGCCUACAUCCGUUCCUGAAGAGCUUUUUCAAAUGGUGGAGAGUCUGGCAGACUCGUCAACACUUUCUAAACCAGAUACUAAUUCAGUCCCAGCUGCUGAGACAGAAUCUAACACAAACCCAGCAGAGCUUCAGCUGCCCCAGCCCAAAGUGAAGAAUCUAAUUGUCAAGCUGACCCCUGUGCCAGUCGUGACGACCUGUGGGUCACGGUCCUCCAGAUCCAAAAACAAAGAAAAGAGUGAGGAGCUGCCGACAAAGUCUAAAAAUAAAAGCGAAGAUGAUAAUCGGUCGGUUUCUGAAAUGAGAAAUGAAAGCGACAGCCCACCACCAAGCCGCCGUUCCAGCAGAUUAAAGACCACUCCUUUGAGGAAACAGACCGAGAAAAAGAUCAAGGGGGAUUCAUCGGAGUCUGAGGAAGACGUUAAAAGCAAGUCUAAGCGAUCCAGCAAAUCUGGUGACCGUGCAAAAAAGCUUGACAAGAACAACAGUGCCUCAGCUCAAACGAUAGAGGACUCUGACUCAGAUGAAAUUCCGCACAUAUUGUUGGAGAAAGCCGCAGAGGGCAAUAGCACAGAUGAGGAGCAGGAAAGCACAACGGCCAAAAAAGGUUUAAUUAAAUCAGAGGAUUCUUCUCAGAACACUGAAAACCUGUCAAAACGCAAACGAAAGACUGCCACCUCAGAUUCAGAUACGGAGAAUAAAAGCCAGAAGGCAUCCAAGAAGAAGAAACAGAAAGACUCGGACUACUCAGACUCUGACUCCGACCAGAAAAAGGAGACGAGCAAAGUAUCAAAGAGGAGAUCUAGCCGCUCAAAGAAACAAGAAGCAAAAGAGGAAAAGAAGCAAGACGCGUUGGAAAGCAAAGCAGCUAGUCGGAAGCGAUCUUAUGAAAAGAAGCGAAAGGGAAAGAGUCCUAAAGGAGCUUCUCAGCUCCAGUCUUCCUCCAGUGAGGAGGAUGAGGAGGAGGAACAGGCUGAGGGUGACUCUGGAGAAGACAGCGAUGCACAAAAGAUUAAACCCAUUGUGGAUGAUAAUGUCAUUGGUUCCAUUGGGAUGUUUCAUCAGUCUUCAGGAGAUGAAAUUGACAAUAAGGACUCUGUCAAUCAAGCCUGUGAAGAAGAUGAUGAUGAUGAUCCAGAAAACAGGAUUGCUAAGAAAAUGCUUCUGGCUCAAAUAAAAUCCCACUAUUCUUCGGGAGCAGAAAGUUCUUCUGAAAAUGAAGAAGAAAAAGAAGAGAAGUCUUUCAAAAAAGUUAAAAAAGGCAAACAAGAAGACGAAGAAGAGGAAGAUGAGGAAGAUUCUGAAGACUCCGAUUCGGAUGUGGAAGUGAAGAAGAGUGUCAAGCGCCACAAACUGCUUCGGCAUAAACUCUCCAUGAGCGAGGGCGAGUCAGGGGAGGAGAAAGACGGGGGCAAAAAAAAAAAGAAAAGCAACGAGGGCAAGAAAAAAUCAGGACGCAAAUCUGGCAGUGACGAUUCCUCAGACUCAGACUUUAUGAAGUCCAACUCCAGCUCAGGGUCAGACUUAAGCGAGGAGGUUAGUGGCUCCGAGGACGAUGGAAAGCGUCGAAAGACGAGAUCGUCUAAAAAGAAAGAUGGCGAGAAGCAGAGGAGUUACAAGCAGCAGAAAAAGAAGCGGCGUAGGAUUAAAGUUCAGGACUCUUCCUCCAGCAACGAGAAGAGCGGAGAGGAAGAUGAUGAUGAUGAUGACCCAGAUGGAGAGGGGCGCAAAGGACGUAAAAAGAUCCGCAAAAUCCUGAAGGACGACAACCUGCGAACAGAAACCAGGGAUGCUCUGAAGGAAGAAGAGGAGAGGAGGAAACGUAUUGCUGAAAGAGAAGCACUCCGGGAGAAACUUAGAGAGGUGAUUGUUGUAGAAGAAGCUUCUAAGGUGACGUGUCCCAUCACCACCAAGCUGGUGCUGGAUGAGGAUGAAGAAACCAAGGAGCCGCUGGUGCAGGUGCACCGGAACCUGGUCACAAAGCUCAAACCUCACCAGGUUGAUGGGGUUCAGUUUAUGUGGGACUGCUGCUGUGAAUCAGUGAAAAAGAUUCGGAAGUCCCCUGGCUCUGGCUGCAUUUUGGCCCACUGUAUGGGCCUUGGAAAAACUUUGCAGGUGGUGACAUUCCUUCAUACUUUGCUGCUUUGCGAAAGGCUGGAUUUUGCCACAGCGCUGGUGGUGUGUCCCCUGAACACUGUCCUCAACUGGCUCAACGAGUUUGAAAAGUGGCAACAUGGAUUGAAAGAUGAGGAGAGUUUAGAGGUGACUGAGCUCGCCACAGUAAAGAGGCCACAGGAGCGAGCGUACGCCCUUCAGACAUGGCACGAAUCAGGUGGUGUUAUGAUCAUGGGAUACGAGAUGUACCGAAACCUGACGCAGGGGCGGAACAUCAAGAGCAAAAAGCUCAAAGAGACGCUCAGGAAAACCCUCGUAGAUCCAGGUCCAGAUUUGGUGAUUUGUGAUGAAGGUCAUAUCCUAAAGAACGAGGCCUCUGCAGUUUCCAAAGCAAUGAAUGCCAUCAGGACAAAGAGGAGGAUUGUUCUGACUGGAACGCCUCUACAGAACAACCUCAUUGAAUACCACUGCAUGGUGAAUUUCAUCAAGGAGAACCUGCUGGGGUCAGUCAAAGAGUUCAGGAAUCGAUUUAUUAACCCAAUCCAGAAUGGCCAGUGUGCUGACUCCACCCUACACGAUGUCCGGAUUAUGAAAAAGAGGGCUCACAUUCUCUACGAGAUGCUGGCUGGAUGUGUUCAGAGGAAAGAUUACACAGCCCUCACCAAGUUUUUACCCCCUAAACACGAGUAUGUGCUGUCGAUCAGAAUGACUCCACUUCAGUGCAAACUCUACAGACACUACCUGGAGCAUUUCACAGGUGUGGGGAACGCUUUGGAAGGGGGCCGCGGCCGGGCGGGGACCAAACUUUUCCAGGAUUUCCAGAUGCUCAGCAGAAUCUGGACCCAUCCCUGGUGCCUUCACCUCGACUACAUCAGCAAAGAAAACAGGGGUUUCUUUGAUGAAGACAGUAUGGAUGACUUCAUUGUGUCAGAAACCGACGAGUCCUCCAUGAGUCUUUCCUCCGACACUGAAAAGACAAAAAAGAAAAAGAAACAGGGAAAAGGAAAAAAGAAGGAUUCUGAGGACUCGGACAGCGAUGACGUGGAGGUCAUCAAGGAGUGGAACAGUAGCUCCCGAGGCAGGAACGGAGAAGGUCGAAACAGGCCAGAGAUUGUAGAGGAACCUCAGCCCUCUGGAGCCGAGCCAGGGAGUCCCCGCUCUGCUGACUGGCACAGGGAGUUUGUCACAGAGGCCGACGCUGAGAUCCUGGCACACUCCGGCAAGCUGACGCUUCUGUUUGAGAUCCUGCGCAUGGCUGAGGAAGUAGAAGAUAAAGUGUUGGUGUUCAGUCAGUCCCUCAUCUCUUUGGAUCUGAUUGAAGACUUCCUUGAGCUCUCUUGCAAAGAUGAGCAAGAUGAAGAUGCUAAACCCUCUCCGUACAAAGGUGAAGGCAAGUGGUACAGGAACAUUGACUAUUAUCGCCUGGACGGUUCCACCAACGCCGUAACAAGGAAGAAGUGGGCUGAAGACUUCAAUGACACCAGUAACACAAGAGGGCGCUUGUUCCUCAUUUCCACAAGAGCUGGUUCUCUUGGCAUCAACCUGGUGGCGGCCAACAGGGUUGUUAUUUUCGACGCCUCCUGGAACCCUUCGUAUGACGUCCAGAGUAUUUUCAGGGUGUACCGCUUUGGCCAGAUCAAACCUGUGUACGUCUACAGGUUCCUAGCCCAGGGUACAAUGGAGGAGAAGAUUUACGAGAGGCAGGUAACCAAGCAGUCCCUUUCAUUCCGAGUCGUGGACCAGCAGCAGAUCGAGAGGCACUUUACGAUGAACGAGCUGACGGAACUUUACGCCUUUGAGCCGGACAUGCUGGAUGAUCCGUCCGAAAAGAAAAGCAAGAAAGCCACGCCUGUGCUUCCCAAGGAUCCCAUCCUGGCUGAGAUGCUGCAGAACAAUAAGGACCAGCUAGUUUGUUACCAUGAGCACGACUCCCUGCUGGACCACAAAGAGGAGGAAGCUCUCAGCGAGGAGGACCGCAAGGCCGCCUGGGCCGAGUACGAGGCAGAGAAAAAGGGUCUGUCCAUGCGGACCAACUAUCAACUACCCUACGCUCAAAUGGACAUGGGCUCCUCCAGCUAUGUCUCGUACAACAUGGCAGCUUUGGCCUCCAUGACCAACCAGCAGCUGGAGGACCUCAUCAACCAGGGACGACAGAAAGUCAUUGAGGCAACAAAUGCUUUGAAAACUCUGCCCCGGGAGUCGCUGGAGGACGUCAUUGCUGAAGUGUGGAAGGAAAACCCGGCUCUCACUGAAGUUCAGGUCCAGUCAAUAGCUUUGGGGCGUCAAGCCACCGUGGAGAUGGAGCUGAAGCGCAGGGAAGCCGUCUACAGAGACGUUCUCACCAAGCAGCAAACGCUGAUGAUGUACGUCCAGAAGCUCAUAACCAACAGGAAGGUCCAGGAGCAGCAGCUAGCAAUGGCUAACCAGGCCACCUACCUAAAUCAGUUGGCCAUGCAGAACGGCAUGAUGGGCGCCGGGCUCAGCCAGAUGGACCUGCUGGGGCUUUACCAGCAGCUGCACGGCAUGGGAGCACAUGGUAUGGGGAAGAACCCAGGCCCUUCCAAGGGCCUGUAGGUCAGGCGGACUUGGUCUUAUCUUGACUCCAGGAGCCGGUGGUUCCCAAAGAGCGAACUAGCUUGCUAAGCAGAGGAUCAAGGUUUUCCAAUGAUCCUGUCCACUUCGGGUCGGCUGUCAUGGCUGUACUAUUUGGAGACGGAGAAAUAUGAUGUAUAGAUGACUUUGUGAAAUGUCUGUUUGGGAUUUCAGCAGAAAAAAAUGUAUAUACCGUCUUAAUGUUAUUGAAGUUCUAUACCUUCAUUUUUCAUGUCAUUACAGAUGACGUUUUACCCCUCCAAUACUUGUAAGCAUUGCCCCCCCUCCCCCUUCAGAAAGGGUUUUCCUGGUUAUUUAAAAAUCAAAUUUUUUAUACUCUUUUAGACGCCUCGGCGCAUCAGAGUGGGACCAGAAUCUAUGGUGUCAGGACUCUGUCAAUCAAACUUCUAGCCUCAUUAGAUUCCUCAAUGAGUGUUUAGCUAAGCAGGCAGCUGUUGGUGCUGCAAAGUCCUGUUCAAGAAGAAGAGAAGUCAGUGGAAGGAAAAAAAAAAGAAGAAAAAAAAAGAAUGGCCUUAUAAUAAUACCUAAAAAAAAAUCUGUAUAAUUUAAGAUUUGUUAAGACUGUUUUCUAUUACACUUUUAAGUGUUUACAUUAACUGUUGCUGAACAUAAUGUUAUGCUAGUAUUGUUCAAAAGUUGCCUGCCGGAUUCUGUUUUCAAGUUUUUUUUGGUUUUGUAAAAUCUUUCUCAUUGUCACGUGUCUUCUAGCAUAGCGGUGCGUUUCUGUUCAUAUUCCACUCGUGUUGAUCCAAAGUCUGCAAGAGUGGCGGUCCAUGCAGAGCCCAAACCCUCCGUUUUUAAAUUUGAAGAUGACUGGGGGUUUUAAAAAAUAAAAUAAAAACUGCAAUAUUAUUAUUUCUUUUUUAAUUUCCUGGUGGGUUUGGAGCAACACUCCCCUGUUCUCUCACCAGCCACUUUCCACAUUUCACUUGCAGUUACCUUUGGCACAUUUUGGCUUCUAACCGCUUCAACCGGUGCAGCUGUUAAACAGGAGGAACAUGGACAUUUUUCACACAGACGUCUGCUGAUUCCUGUGUUUGCCCAAGGUGUGUUUCAUAAAUGUCGGCAAAGUUUAUUUGGCCUCUUCUAAGAAUGUUCUUAUGUUAGUAAAUACAUUUUUGCCAUGACUAUUACCUGCUAUUAUCUUGAUAAGUAUUUAAUAUAACAUUUAAUAAAGUGACCAAAAGAAUAAAGCAUCUGUUUCAGUUGCAACAUUUGAAAUUGUUUAUAAUUUCUUGCUCUGUAAUAAUUGGGUUUAUGAAAGGAAAUCAAUUAACAAAUUAAACCAUUUUUAAGUAGGGCGGGUUAGAUGGGAGUGAAUGGUUAAAUGCAGUAACCUUUUUUGUUUUUUUCGUGCACCUUCCUGUAUUUAACCACUACAUCACUUUGUAGAUUUUAAGUUAUGCUCAAUUGGUAAACAAAUAAAAAAAAACAGCUUGUAUAUGCAAUUUCUGUCUUUACCGGUGUUACAAUACUUUUUGUUUGCCAAAAUAAACACAAAAAAUACCUUCA